AUGUCCGUCACUCUCCACACAACACAAGGCGACCUCAAGGUCGAGCUAUUCUGCGAAGCAGUCCCCCAAACCGCCGAGAACUUCAUCGCCCUCUGCGCAUGCGGCGCAUACAAUGAAACACCCUUCCACCGCCUGAUUCCCGGCUUUAUGAUUCAAGGUGGUGACAUCUCCCUCGGCCCAGCCGCGCAACAAUCAUCCACCAGCAAGCCCGUACUCUCGCACGACAUCCCGAAGGGCGGCACAUCCAUAUUCCACCCCUCGGCGCUGAACCAAGAAAUUCACCUCCCUGCACUACGACAUAAUGCGCGCGGUAUCCUGUCCAUGGCCUCCCGCCCUGUCAAGGAUAAGACGGCGCCCGGCUCGCAAAAUGCAACCGGUGCGACCAUCAACGGAAGCCAAUUCUUUAUCACAUUUGCGCCAGCACCACAUCUCGAUGGAGCGAGUACUGUUUUUGGAAAGGUGUUGAAUUUGUCUGCUCAAGACGAGGGUGGAGAUGUGCUUUCCAAGUUGGAGAAGGCGAAUGCAAAGGUCGAUAAGAAGGGAAAGGUCUCUCAACCCAAGGAAGGAGAUGACUUCGAGCCUCUUAUGAUUAAGAGCGUUACAAUUCAUGCCAACCCCUUCGCGACGUGA